UGAAACUGUUUUUAUUGUUAAAAAAACCAUAAUGAACUUUAACCUAAAUUUUUCUACCAUCAUUUUAAAUUCUUUAGUUUAGUUUUUAAAAGAUAUAUUGAAAUGAUUUCUGAUGAUUUUGAUGGCGAUAUUGGAGAUUCGGAAUUUAUUAAAAGUAUUUUCGAACAUAAAUGUGAAUUAACCCAAAACAUUAAUUCCUCUAAGGACAAUUAUGUUUUGCAUAUUGCACCCAAAGGAGGAAGGAAUAACGGAAACAUAGCAGUAGCAUAUUCUAAAGGUUAUAUAGAUAUAUUUAAGCUUUCAAAUGAAGUUAUCAAAAAUACUGAUACAUUAAUAGUUCCAGAAAAUAUAAUAGACAUUGAUUUUUCAAAAGAAAAUAAAGAUCUACUAUUUAUUGCUAAAAUGAAUGGUAAAAUUGAUGUUUAUGAUUUAAGAUGCAAUAUCACUGUACAACAAUUCUCUGAUACGACAUCAAAUACGAAUAAUUUUCGUAACUUAACGUGUCUUGCCUUAUCUCCAUCUAGUACACUUAUUUCUGCAGGCACCGAACUUUAUGAAGGUGAUGCUUUUAUAUUAUUCUGGGAUUCACGUAAAACAACGUUUUUGGGAGGAUACUGGCAAUCUCACAAAGAUGAUAUAACGCAAGUUAAAUUUCAUUCAAAUGAUCCCAAUAAGUUGGCAUCAGGUAGUACAGAUGGAUUAAUUAAUAUUUAUGAUAUUUCACAUUCCAAUGAAGAUGAAGCCUUAAUUGAUACUUUUAAUACUGAAUCGUCGGUGGAAAGUAUUAUGUGGUGUAAGGAGAAAAAUAAAGAUCACAUUUGUUGUGCAACUCAUACAUGUGAAAUACAACUGUGGUCUACUAAUACUGGAAACUUAACAAAGUCCUUUAGCAGAAAAAAACUAUCACUAUCUAUUCAAAGAAAAUCUGAAGCUCACUGUUAUGUGGCAUCUGUUUAUAGAAAUUUUCUUGAUCAAGUUUUUAUAUUAGUAGGUUCUAAUUUUGAAAAAGACAAGUGCAUGAGAACCCUAAAAGUUAGUGGUAAUGAACUUGAGCCUAUAUAUCUUUUACCUAAAAAUGAACAGAUUAUCAGAUGUUCGUGGAAUGAUGCUAAGGGUAAUUUAUUAAUCACAGGAGGAGAAAAGGGAAUAUUAAAUGUAUGGAAGAUUUCAUAAUAAUACAUACUUAAAUGUGCAACAAAAGUUAAAAAUUACUAAUGCUUAUGAUAAUAAAUAACAGAUAAAUGUAAUACAACUUUAAUGGCAUUAGUUAUCUGUUUUUUUGUUAUUUAAAAAUUUUAA